GAUUUGUUUAACAUUUUUGAUCACUACAUAAUUCCCAUAUUUUAAUAGUUUUGAUGACUUUGUACAAACUCUUGACUGACAGUUUAGAUUUUUUUUCAUCUAAUUAUUUAAAAAAUUAAAAAUAUAAGUCAAAAGCAUGCUUAAUGGCCUAUUACUGAUGUUUGUAUGCUAUCAUGUUCAUUAUUUUCUCACAUUUUUGCAUAUUUUAAUAGGCCAGUAGAUGUGAGAACUGGCUUAGAUUCCACACGGCACAGGAUCAUAUGACUACUGAACAGCCCUAGUCAGUUCACAUGCUUCUGCUGCAGGAAAAAAAAAAAAAAGAAAAGAAGAAAAAUAUUUUUCUGGUCCGAUGAUAUGUCCAGAAAAGGUUUGCCAUAUUCUUUGAGUCAGGCUGGUCUCCCAAUGGGUCUUCUGCUACUUUUUCUGGUUGCCUACAUCACAGAUUACUCCAUCAUUCUGCUGGUCAGAGGAGGGAAUCUGUCUGGCACUCACAGUUAUCAGUCUCUGGUUCAAAGCACCUUUGGCCAGAUAGGAUAUUUGAUUGUGUCAGCGCUGCAGUUUCUUUACCCAUUCAUCGCAAUGAUCAGCUACAACAUCAUCACAGGUGAUACGCUGACCAAAGUGUUUAUGAGAAUCCAAGGAGUUGGUCCUGGAAACAUUCUUACAGAGAGACAUUUUGUCAUUCUGAUGUCCACUCUUCUAUUCACACUUCCCCUGUCUCUCUAUAGAGAUAUAGCAAAGCUGGGAAAGGUAUCUUUAUUGUCGAUGCUCUUGACUUUUGCCAUCCUCAUCACAGUGGUCGUGAGAGCAGCGACGUUAGGACCACAGAUACCUGCUUCAGACGGUGCAUGGGUGUUUGCACGGUGGAAUGCAAUUCAGGCAGUUGCUGUCAUGUCUUUUGCUUUUAUCUGCCACCAUAACAGCUUCAUGAUCUACGGGUCGCUGCAGGAGCCCACGUUAAGCAGCUGGUCUCUUGUCACGCAUGUAUCUGUGGGCUCAGCCGCGCUGUUCAGUGCUGUGUUUGCUGCUGCAGGUUAUGCAACAUUUACUGGUUAUACACAAGGUGAUAUAUUUGAGAACUACUGCAGGAAUGAUAACUUGGCUACAUUCGGUCGAUUCUGCUACGGUGUCAGUAUAAUCACCACAUUCCCUCUGGAGUGCUUUGUGACCCGUGAGGUGAUCUCCAAUGUCUUUUUUAAAGGAGAACUCAGUAACACCGCCCAUGUCAUCAUUACCUUGGUGAUCAUAUCAGCAACGACUGCCAUAUCCCUCUCUUAUGACUGUCUGGGUAUUGUACUGGAACUAAAUGGUGUUUUGAGUGCUGUACCGCUCAUGUUCAUCUUCCCCGCCGCCUGCUUUCUGAAGCUCUCGGAGGGCCGCUGGUUUCGUGGGGAAAACCUCAUCCCCAGCAUCAUCCUGGUGGCGGGUGUUUGUGUUAUGAUAAUCGGCUUAAUCAUGAUGGUGCUCUUCCCUCAGGACUGUUCCCACGGAGCAGAGCUGUUCUACUGCACCGCCUCCAACACCUCCGUUCCCAGCACCACUUCACAGAGCAGUGUGCUGCAGUUUAUUAACGCCACACAGAAUGCCAGCAUUUUCUGACUCAAAUUCAUUUUACUGGAAUUCUUUUCACAGGAAUCUUUUUAUUUUAUAUGCUGUUUUCUAGUGAUACAUUGUUGAUGCAAUUGUUGUAUUAAAGAAAUCACAUAAAAA